UUCUGUAUCUUUUUAUAUUCAACUCUCAACUUAUAAUCAAGAUUUAAUAAAUUGGUAUGAUUUUAAAUUGAUAGGUAUGAGUCUCAGUUUAUUGGUAAGAUUGCUGAGGAGCUGUCUUCUCAAGUACUAGUCAAUUCCUAUAAUCUGGUGGUAGCUAAGUAUCCAGUUGGAAUAGACUCUUGUAUACAAGAUGUCCAAAAACUUUUAGAUAUGAAGAAAAAUAAUGUUUGCAUGGUAGGUAUAUGGGGUGCUGGUGGGAUAGGAAAGACCACAAUUGCUAAAGCUAUGUUUAACUCAAUUCACCGUGAGUUUGAAGGUAGCUGUUUUCUAGCCGAUGUUAGAUCAAAUUCAAGUGGCCAAAAAGGCCUAUCCCAUCUUCAACAGACUCUUUUGUUUAAUAUUCUUGGGGACUCAUCUUUGAAAGUGCACAAUGUUGAUGAAGGAAUAUGUUUUAUGAGGAAAAGGAUGCAAGAUAAGAAAGUUCUUUUAAUCCUCGAUGACGUGAGUGAUUUGAAUCAAUUAGACAACUUAGCUCUAUCAUCUGAUUGUUUUGGGCCAGGCAGUAGAAUUAUCAUAACAACAAGAGAUAGACAUUUGUUAACAGCUCAUCAAGUUCAGUCAAUAUACGAGGUCAAGAUGUUAAAUGAUGCUGAAGCUUUAGAGUUGUUUAGUUGGAAUGCAUUCAAUUGUAAUGGACUACCAGACGAUUUCGUGGAACUUGCAAAUCGUGCUGUACGUUAUGCCCAAGGUCUCCCAUUAGCUUUGAUAGUUGUGGGCCGUCAUCUGUUUGCUAGAAGGAAAGAGCACUGGGACGAUGCAUUGGAUAGUUAUAAAAGAGUUCCUCACAAGAAUAUUCAAGACAUUCUCAAAAUAAGUUUUGAUGCCCUGGAAGAUUAUGUAAAAGAACUUUUUCUUGACAUCGCUUGCUUCUUUAAAGGUGAUGAUGUAAAUCGUGUGAUACCGAUACUAGUAGCUUGCGACCGCAACCCAGUGAUUGGUUUUGAACUACUCAAGGAAAAGGCCCUAAUAACAAUGCACGAAUGUGAGAUCGAGAUGCAUGACUUGAUAGAAGAAAUGGGUAAAGAAAUAGUGCGUAAACAGGGUGAGCCUGGCGAAAGAAGCAGAUUGUGGAACUACGAUGAUGUCGACCAUGUUUUAACAGAUAAUACAGGAACAGAGAAAAUAAAAGGCAUCCAAGUACAGUCAUACGGAGAAAACGAUGAGAUAUGUUUGAAUGCUAAAAGCUUUUCAAAGAUGACAAAUCUCGUAUACUUUUCAAGCAACUAUUUUGUAGACUAUUCUGGAAACAUUGAUCGUCUAUCCAACAAGUUGAGGUGGCUUGAUUGGUGGGGAUGUCCGAUACAAUCGUUUCCUUCAAACUUUCAUCCAAGAAAACUUGUUGCGCUCAAUAUUCCUUACAAUCCUUUUAUCAUACGAUUAUGGGAGGGACUUAAGGUACUUAAUUUAAUCUAAUAAUCCAUUUUUAUUUCCAGGAAUU